GUUACACGUGGUCGGCCUAACCGUUGUCAAGCCAACAGGAGAUUGUGGAUAAACAAUGUCCUCUUUGUCUUGUGAGGGUAAAGAGCCUUCACAGCACUCCCUCCCGUCUUAUCAGUUAACUAGACUUGGACUACCACCAUAUUCCCAGGUUAUUAGUAAGUCAAAUCUUGAUGAAGGCCCUAAACUCCUGCAGGAUCAACCGAUCCACUUCAACAUGCAAUCACUCCAGUACAUUGAUGUUGAUGUGGCUCCACAGCGAGUGAGGCUGAAGGUUGCUCAACCACUUAUGAUCACUCCAAAUUCGUACCUAAAACUAACGAUUUUCCUAUUUGUUCUGCUGAGUAUCAUUGCACCUCACACACUACCCUGCAUGACAAUAGCUCUAGUCUUGUCAUAUAAAAGUCACUGUGCAAGCAAAGUGGGGAGAUUUGUCAAAGGCAAAUAUUACGGAUGGUCAGCUCUGUUCUUUGAUGUCUUGUCAAUUCUUAUUAGUAUUGUAGCUAUAAUGGCUGCUGCAAUACUGCUCUAUCUAUACCAGCCAUGGAGAGCCAGUGACUACAGGAAUUGUUAUUAUCCAUACGACCAGGAAAACAAUCGCUACAACUACAGUGGCCCAUUCUAUUGCUCAUGAUCA